CAAAACCCUAAAUUACUUACUCCUUUUCUCAUUUUCCCUCCUCUUUCCUCUUCCCAUUUUCCCUCUUCUCUCCCUUUUUCGCUAGGGUUUUGGCUUCUCGCCCUUUUUAGUCCAUUUUUCCGCUUCAUUUCAGGGAAAUAAACCAGGAACUGAUUGAAAUUGGUGAGAUUAAGUUAAUUUUAAGCUUUGCAGGUGAAUGUUGAAGGGUAAUCCAAGUUAGAAUUGGUCUGGAUUUGAUAAAUAAUAAUAAAAAAUGAUUAAAGUCGAGAUAUUUGGAAUAAAGGUGAUAAAUUGAUUAAUUGCUUGGGAAGUAGAGAUUAGAACAGAAUAAUAUGGGUAAAGUGUCACCCAAAGAUGGUCAAUCCAAAACCCCAAAACAGAAAAGGCGGUCGAGGAGUACAACGGGCAAGUAUUUGAGACCAGGUGCUUUGGCACAGCUUCGUUACACUAAGGUUUCGGCCGCUAAAUCUUGUACGGAUCUUGGGAAGAAAAGGGUGGCGGUAAUUACUUCAGAUGAAACAAAAGAUCAAAUUGUGCUUCAAAAUCAUAAUGUUUGUGAAACUCCGACAAUUUUAUCACCCGUGAGGUUUUGUUAUGGUGCUAUGCAUACACCCAUUGACGUAUCCAAGCAGAAGAAUUUGCAAAUGACACCAAAGACACCUGGUGCAUUAGAGUGCACAUCAGAGUCAAGGCUCGAGUCUCUUCCAAUGGAUUUACUGGUUAAAAUACUUUGCCAUCUGCACCACGACCAACUCAAAGCAGUUUUCCAUGUCUCUCAAAAGAUCAGGAAGGCAGUAAUUCAGGCAAGGCUUUUCCAUUUCAAUUAUACUACUCCAGAUAGAAUGCGGCAGGAGAUGUUAAGAACCAUGACUCCUCUCCCCACUGAUCACUGGCCAUUUGUAAGCAAAGAGGACGGACAAGGUGCAUGGCUCCCCUCUCCUCAUACUCCUAAGGCUCCAAAACAUGGUCCACGUCCACCAUCCCGUCUCAAGUUCACAGAGAUGAGGCAAAUUGCAGCUGUUCUUUUCCAAGAGUCAGUAUUUCCUUCAAGAUGCUUGGUUCCAUCUGUUAUACCAAAGCCCCUAUGCAAGUCCUUGGGUUCUAAUAGAGUUCUAUUCUACGAGGAUGAACUAUGCCAGGCUGUUGCUCAGAAUAAACUCCGUUAAAUACUGGUGUUCUUGUCUCCUGAUAUGUGUAUAGUAGGAAUCUUAUCUCCAUUUCAUCUUUGAUAGCGAUAUGGACAGGGUGCAGUUUUGUAAUAUUACCCAGGGCACUCAUUGAAGGUGGUUGAAGAUUGCUAGGUCUAGAAAAGGUUUGAAGGUUCUUGCGAAUAAUGUGGAGACUGGGCUUGUGUAUAGUUCUAUAUAAGUUCUAUUUAUUUGGUUUUGGGAGUUUCUUGCUUGUUGCUUGUCUGUUACACCCUUCAUAUUAUCUACAAGGCAGCGAUCAGCAAGAGCUGUGCUAAGCCUCUAUUUUCGAAGCUGAAAAAGUUACUUAAAUAGAGGGUAUUCCACAUGUGUGAAGCAUAUUACAUAUUGAAAUAAAGUAACUUUUUGAAUUUCUCAUCAA